AUGUCUAAAAGUAUUACCACCUUAACCUACACUCCUAUAAAUUUUGAUCAUAUCAACAAGUAAAGGUCAAUAUCAUUAAAAUAAAACAAUUAAAACAUCUUGUUAAGUUCAGAUAGAAAAUCAUUACAUACAAAAAUAUAUACUGCAUGUGAAAUGAACUCAAUUAUUAAUCAUGCAAAAAUAUGUGGAUUAUUGAACAAUAAUCAAACUUAGAAUUCUUAAAAUAAAUUAAACCAAAGUUUGUUAGAAUAAAAUAGAAAAUAUUUUUAGGAUGUCAGAAAUUUAGAAAAUAGUUGGAAUUACAAAAAAAUAAGAUAAGAAGAAUAAAAUAGGUAGUUUAAUUCAAUUCCUAUGGAAAAACAUUAUUAAUUAAGAUUAACCUAAAAAAAGACCGAUUUAAACAUACAACAAUUAAUUUAAGAAUAACGUACUCUAUUUCUAACCAGCAACACUUAACAAAAUAAUGAAUUACUAUUUUCUAGCAGUCAAGAAUGA